UACUCAUACACACACACUCACAUACACACACACACACACACACGUCUCUAAAGUAAACAUGCCGAGGCGAUCAGCACAGGAAUGGAUGCGCCGGUCUUUGCGCACGCCCGGCAUUUUCAUCUUUGGUCUGGUUCUGGCCCCGUGCGGCUGGGUGCUCAACCUCACUGCCACCGUCGCCCCAAACUGGAGGACCCUGGACGAAAUCCCAGACACACCGAGCAACGAGUUCAUCGAGCAAGGCAUCUGGGACAUCUGCCGGUCCGUCACCACCUCCACGUCGUCCACGUGCAACCUGGAUGACAGCACGUACUUCAAUAACCAGAUCAUCGAAGUGGCUCGAGGUCUCAUGGUGGCCGGUUUGGUCCUCACCCUGGUGGGACUGGCCGUGGCGAUCCCAGGGGUCCGCUGUUGGAAAGACCGACCCAAUUGGGUGGUGGCCGGCCUGGGCGGCCUGCUGAUCUUCAUCUCCGGGGUUCUAACCAUCAUCCCCAUUGCCUGGUACACGCACAUCCUGCCUGACAUCACCACGGUGACGCCGAGAGUCAACGUGCAGGUGGGUUACUGUAUCGUGCUGGGCUACAUCGGCGGCAUCUUUGAGGUGCUGGGCGGCUUUGUCAUGUUCAUUGGGAUCUGUCGCUGUUGUGGCGGGAAGAACCGCGGCGAGGUGCAGGUGACCGAGAACUUGCGCAGCCGCUUCAGCACACGCCAACCGACGCCACAGCCGAGACGCGUGGAUGUGCCCACCCUGAGCCGGGACCGCAGCCCCGCCCCGAGCAGCGUCCCUUACAUCCGCGACACCCUGGACGACGACAUCUCCUUCCCCCGUGCCAAGAGCCCAGCGGCGCGGUCGGCCAACACGUCCUACAGCGGGAGACCCUAUGAUGCAGACUUGUAAGGGCCAGAAAAGGUUGGACAUUCUGACAACUUUGAGCGACAUUUUUUUGUGCAUUCAAAUCAAGUCUGUUGACUGUUUUAAUUUUGCAUCAAAUAUCAGGGGAAGAGAGAUCCAAAAUGAUUGCUAGAUAAGCCAAAGUUGUUUUGAGUAUUAUCAAAGUGUUGCACGUCAACACUUGAAGAAAAAACUUUUUUUUUUUCUUUGGAGUUAUUUAAAUUGCAGGGGUGUGGUGUUAUGAUAGAUCAUUAUGUGCAGUGCAAUGGUAACAAACCAGAUGAAUCAGCAUUUUUAUGUAAGGAAAAUCAAAUGAGGUUUUUGUUAAGAAAUUUCUACUAAUUUAUACAUAGUUUAGUCCUCCUUUGGGACACUUGUGUAUAUAUAUUUUUUCUGACAAACACUAACUAUAGGACAUGAACAUAUGUCUUUUUUUUUACUGUAAAUACUCUUAUGCACUUUAUAUUGAUGUGAUCAUUACUACUGCUACUGUAUGCAAGUGCUUUAUUAAAACAUACAUUGUUGCUGCAAGCAAUUGAGUAAAAGUACAAACAAAGCUUUUAUUUGUGACCUAUUUUUGGCCUGUAAAUAAACAUCAU